AUGGAGACCAAAAGAUACCAAAGUUUCUUUGAUGGAAAGGACACAGAGAACAGAUGGCCUCAGGUCCCUGGCACUAUGGAGUACUGCUGCAGUACAGAGGAUUCAAGUCUGACUGGCAGUGAUAUCCUGAUGGACAUAGUUAAUGUCAACUGCCCUGCUGGAAGCCCGGCCACCGACUGCAAAGACAACAAUACAAAAAAGCAGGAGCAGCCAAUGCUGCAGCUCAGCCAGAACCAGCCAUUUGUUCUCCCACACUUCAACAACUCACUCCUUGGUCAUAAGCAGGAAAUGGACUCCAAAGAGCUUUCCAAGACUGUGGCUGAGUCUAUGGGCCUGUAUAUGAAUGCUGCCAGGGAGGCAGAUUUUGCUUUUAACCAGCAGGGAGCCAAUACCAGCCCAGGAAAGCUGUAUCCAGCAUGUGGACGGCCUUUAGAGGAGAACCAAUGUGGUCCCACAAAGAGCCCCAAAUUGAAGCCGUUUGGUUUCCAGCAGCCUAGCGCGACUCCCAGAGAAUGCACCGCGGGGACCCCGGUUAGCUCAGCAUCUAUGCUGGCCUCUUCUCUUUCCUGCAGUCCCCAAACCUCCAGUGCCAUUUCCAGCCCUGGAGGCAGCAACAAUAUGGUGUCGUCUACCACCAGUCCUCCUACGUGCUUUGCGCCUCUGUGCUCGUCUGUCAGUAGCCCUGUCAGCCAGACUUCGUGUGCUGCAACUCUAGCCAACAUCAAGCGCAGGAAUUCAGUCACAUGUAGCCCUGUGGAGUCCAGCACCGUGGGCUCACCGCCGCUCACCAGCCCGCUCAAUGUCAUGAGGUCUCCCAUGUCCAGUCCUCAGAGCAUGAGUAGUGUGAGAUCCCCUCCAUCCUGCAGCACUACAUGUAACAUUAGGUCCUCUGUCUCAAGCCCAACAGCUGGCAGCUGCUCUGGCAACACCACCAACAACUGCAACACAGCAAUGCCCUCCAUCUCCAGUCCGGCCACAGCAGGCACCAUGACUGUCAGCAGCCCACAGAACCCCUCCUCUGCCGGGUUUCCUGUGUCCAGUCCUGCUGACGGACUGGGUCUGGUGCAGAAUGACACCAACAGCCCGGAAGCAGCGGGGCUGACCAGAGAAACGGACUUCAAGAAUUUCGAGUUCCCUAAAGUAGAGAUGGUAGACGGGGAGGUGUUCAACGUCGGAUUAGAUCAGAUGGGGAUGGUUAAGUACAUAAAGAACGAGCCUGGGACUGACUUCAGGAGCAUGUGUUUAGGCAGCUCCAAAUGUAACGCGAGCAGCACGCCCUUUAUCACACAGAUUAAGAGUGAGCCAAACAAAAGUGAGGGAUGUAUGAAUCACCAGCCCUACGGUGAGCAGUCACCAUCGAUUGGCCUCUUCCCUGCGUCUGAGACCACUUAUCUGUCCCUGAGGAAUAACAUUGAUGAAUACAGUCUUUCUGGUAUCUUAGGACCCCCUGUCUCCUCUGUGAAUGGGAACUAUGAGUCUGAUGUGUUCUCCAACAAUGUCCUGUCUAAAGGGGUUAAGCAGGAAUCCACUGAUGGCAGCUAUUACCAAGAGAAUAACAGCAUGUCCACAUCCGCCAUUGUUGGAGUUAAUUCCGGUGGACACUCAUUCCAUUACCAGAUUGGAGCGCAAGGAACAAUGUCUUUCACGCGGCACGAUAUGAGGGACCAGACCAACCCUUUGUUGAAUCUAAUUUCACCCGUAACGGCGUUAAUGGAGUCGUGGAAAUCUCACCCGGGCAUGUCCCAGGGGUCUCUCGCAGCCAGAGGUGAAGGAUAUCCGGGUCAGAACUGCAUCUCGGACGGCAUGUCGAGCUCGCCACUGAGACAACCGUCCUCGACGGCCAAAGUGUGCCUGGUUUGUGGAGAUGAGGCAUCGGGUUGUCACUACGGCGUCGUAACAUGUGGAAGCUGCAAGGUCUUCUUCAAAAGAGCUGUGGAAGGUCAGCAUAACUACCUGUGCGCUGGGAGAAACGACUGCAUCAUUGACAAGAUCCGAAGGAAAAACUGUCCGGCGUGUCGUGUACGGAAGUGUCUCCAGGCUGGGAUGAACCUAGGAGCACGGAAAUCCAAGAAGUUGAAGCUGAAGGGAGUCAGCGAGGACCUGCAGGGCUCUAAGGAUGGCCAAACUGCCACAGGGGGCGCUGGAGGCUACCUGUCCUCAGAGAAGGAGCUGAAUGCCAGUGCUGCCAAUGCCCUGGUGCCCCACAGGCCUGGGGUGGUCACACCUUUUCUGCCGCCCUCCAUCUGCAGCGUGUUGGAGCUGAUUGAGCCCGAAGAAGUGUACUCUGGCUAUGACAACACACAGCCUGACACCACUGACCACCUGCUAUCCAGUCUCAACCGCCUGGCUGGAAAGCAGAUGGUACGCAUGGUGAAAUGGGCCAAAGUACUUCCAGGUUUCCGGAGCCUGCCCAUUGAGGACCAAAUCACCCUGAUCCAGUACUCAUGGAUGUGUCUGUCCUCCUUUUGCCUCAGCUGGCGCUCCUACAAACACACCAAUGGACAGAUGCUCUACUUUGCCCCUGACCUCAUCUUUAACGAGGAGCGCAUGCAGCAGUCGGCAAUGUACGACCUGUGUCUGGGCAUGAGGCAGGUGAGCCAGGAGUUUGUGCGAUUGCAGCUAACCUACGACGAGUUCCUCUCCAUGAAGGUCCUCCUGCUUCUCAGCACAGUUCCCAAAGAGGGUCUGAAGAACCAGGCGGCGUUCGAGGAGAUGAGGGUUAAUUACAUUAAAGAGCUCCGGCGUUCGGUGGGAAAAGCAACCAACAACUCCGGCCAAACCUGGCAGCGCUUCUUCCAGCUCACCAAGCUGCUGGAUGCCAUGCAUGAUUUGGUGGGGAACUUGUUGGACUUCUGUUUCUACACCUUUCGUGAGUCCCAGGCCCUGAAGGUGGAAUUCCCCGAAAUGUUGGUGGAGAUCAUCAGUGACCAGAUACCAAAGGUGGAGUCAGGCCUCACUCACACGAUCUACUUCCACAAGAAGUGACUCUUUACACAGAUGGGACAGAAGCGGCAUUAAGAACUCGAAAAAGAGGAGCGAGGAAAGUUCAGGGAAGAGAAGAAAUGUGCUGGGAAGGCCCGUCCUGCUGGCCCGCACCGUGUCGCUCAGUAUGCCAGCGUCCUCGUACUGUAUGGAAAGAUUUAUUGAUGAUGGUGACAGAAGCAAAGAAAAAAAAACAAAAGAAAAAGUUUGGGGGAGAAGGAUUUGACCCUGCAGUCACCACGAGCGGUUUAGAGCUGCGGAUAGUUUGAGAAGCCGAGCGUGACACACCGAGAAGGACUUGUGACAAAUGUGACAAAGCAUCCCGAAGUACACCAAUGUCCCCCUGCCCCAAAGACGAUAACAGUAUUUUCUAUGGAGAUAAAGCCAUACAUUUCUUAGGACGCGCUAGACACAUUCACUAAACACACACACACACACACACACACACACACAUAGAGGAAAAUCGACACACUUAACUGUCCACAUGCCUUCACACAAAAUGCACAGGUGCACUCCACAUGCACUAGAAAUGGGACUCCCUUACUUACAAAUCUAGAGAAAAGGUUUUGUUGCAAAUAUUAACUCUGGCUUAUGCAGUCUUUCACAGAUAAUAGCACUAUGAAAAAAAAUUAUGCCAAUAUUUACAUUUGCUUUGCAGUGUAGUGACGAGACUGCAGGGCAAAAAAAAAUAAAGGACAUUAAUGAGGAGGCACAGAAAAUCUAGACUUAAUAGACAAAGGUCUAUUUGACUAUAUUCCAAGGGCUAUACGAGGAUCAUCAUAAGCUGAAUAGUCGCAUCAAAUUUAACAAGGUUCAAUUUUAAAAUCGGUAUCAUAUAAGCCAUCACUGACAUUUACAUGCUGAUUUUUCUUUUUCAAAGUUAAAAUGUGUAGUCAAACAAUCAAAACUAAUAUGCAAAAGUCCAAAGCUAAAGCUGUUUUGAAACACAAACGUCUCUCUCGCGCGUAAAAGAAAGCUUUGCACGUGAUGCUCCCAUGUCAUAAAGUCACUAUUUUAGAGGCAUCGUGGUGUAGAAUUAAAGACAAUAUUGACGAGAGACUUUUUACCUUUGUGCAGAAAUGGUCAGGAGCGCGGCAGGAUGGAAAAACAUAAUGCAUUUACGGAAACAAUUUCAGUACGGUCCGCUGGUAAUGGAUUUGACUGAGGUGCAUCCAUAGUAAUUGCUGUUAUUUGUGUUAUCUCCAGAGCAGCUGUCCAAAUGUCUGUUUUUACUCACAAUGAAGCGAAACCAGCCCUUUGUGAACCGACACUUAUCUACUCUUCCCAGAAAGAAUAAAAAGCAUUUUUUUUAAAAUAAACGUGUGUUGCAAAGGUUUUAAGUUUUUGACAAGCCAGUCGUUUUACAUUUAAGGUGCUUCGUUUCUACAAAAGCCAGGCAAAACAUAACAUGUACAGUAACUUGGUAGAACAGUCCAUGCAGUACGCCACGUGGGCUCGCAGUUCAAACACGCAUACUCUGUAAAGUCGAUAUAAUCCAAGAUGGAGCGUUAACUCUUUGCAGUGCUUACAGUAAAAACAGCUAACGUAUCAAACCCCAGGCAGAUGUGUACAGGUAUUAACUUCUUAAAAACACACUCUAUUCAGCUGUUGUACAGAAGACGUUUUUUGAGGUACACGAGGACGAGAGCUUGAUGAAGAACAGACUUUUCGUGUUGGUAUGAUCACUUUUCCCUCACUUUGCUUAUUUCCUUUUUCUUCCCCCCCCCCCCCUAUCUUUGGGCCAAGUGCUACUAUUUUAAAAGCAUGGCGAGGCCCAGUCAUCUGGACCAUUAGCUCGUCUCACACCCCACUGGUUUCCGGGUGGUUGUGGAACACUACUAUGAUGCUACUGAAAAACGACAGAGUCGCUGGGGAAGAAAAGCAGUGCGCGUGUGUGUAAGGGGAGGGUGGGGGGGGUCGGUGUGUGAAUAUUACUAUUCUUUUUUUCGUGCCCUGUAAGUGUGUAUUUACAUGUGUGUAUGGAGUGCGUGUGCGUUUUUUUGUUUUGUUUUUUCCUCCUGGCAAGCAUGUGCAUAGAUGAUCUUUCGGCGUGGGUAUUAUGCAUUAAUGUUAUAGGAUUAUCCUAUUUCCACAUUUAGAUUUUUGCACAGAGAAGAUACAAUGUGAAAUGAGGCGUCGGUGCAGCUCGUAGGAAUUCUCUGUUUCGAUAAGCAACUGUGAUAAUGCGGGGUGGGGGGCAAAACGUUCUGCAUGGUCACCCCGGCCUAAAGUUAGACACGACAUCAUUACCACAUCAGGGUGGCCGCGUGCUGUAUUUGUGGCCUCGUGCUCAUCUGAGGUCUCGUCUGUGUUGUUAUUUGCUUUGAAGUUGGCACAACAGAUUAAGUAGGUAAGUAAAGUAACUUUACUUACUUGUAGCUCUUUUGCACUUGUACCUACUCAGGUUGACUCGACCCGGUUUUUAAGGGUUUUCGAGUAGGUGGUGUUACCUGCUACCAGGUUCUUUUUUUAGGACCUUCUCGGCGGUUUUUCCAAGCAAUUUGAGGCAAACCGAAAAUGCUACAUCAACAGGCCACAUGGCACUGAUUGCCUAGUCAGUGGCGUCAUUCCACAAGUCAUGACAGCAACUCCUUCACCAAAAUUUUUGAAACCCAGCAACGAGAAAAAUGGCUACACAAACAAACAACACUGUGGUCCUCGAGUUUGACAAAAAGAACUAGACCGAGCAGCAGGUAGCUCAUCCUCCAUUGUUGUGUUUGUGUCACGGGACUUACUGUACUGUAUUUGGUACUCGAUUGUAAUGGAAAACAACCAAAAUUGAGUCAGUCGAGUUGAGUAGGUACUAGUGGAAAAGGGCUGUUACUUACUUACUUCAUUAACUGCUUGGACGUUGGCGUAAAAAGAUAAAAGUAAGUAAAAUCAGUCAAAGUGAUUUUACUUACUUACUUAUUUACAUAACUGCUUGGAGGUUGGCAUUGUUGGGAUCACGACUGUCAUUCGAUACUGUAUUUUUGGGGGAGAGGAAAGCAAAGCAGGGUGUUUUAACUUUUUGUCAUUCCCAAAUCCGAAUCCUUUUUCAGUAAUUCACAAAGAGGUUGGUGUGUGUGUGUGUGUGUAGGCCCGGUUCACUCAUGAAGGCUAGGAUUCUUGUGUUUUGCCAUAAACGUUAUAAUAAUUUCUCCUGCGCAGUCAUUAUCAUGCAGUACCCGAUCCAUCUUUGCCGUGCCCUUAUGCUGAUCUGUCACUUUUUCUUUAUUUUGCUUCUUGUCUUUUUUUUUCUUUUUUCUUUUCAAGAAUUCAAACUUAAAAACAAAACUAUCUAAAGGUUCAUAGGAUGAAUGGGAAAGUAUUUUUGAGAGAAUUAUAUUUUGCUGGAAAACAAUAUUUAAGUACUUUGUCUAAAAACGAUAUCCUUUUUGUAAAAUGAAAUGUUAUUGCAUGCUUUUUGAUGAGAUGUUUACAUUGUAUUUAAAAAGAAAAAAAGGGAAACUUGUGCCUUUUUAUCUCACCUGAUUUACAGUUUUACAGUAUAUAUUGUAAAUAAUACAGCAAGUCCUUAUGUUGAGUGUAGUAUAAAACAUUUCUACUUUAACCAUCUUGUUGGAAUAUUGGAAAAAAAAUGACAAAAACAAACAAACAAACAAAAAAAAAAUUAAUGUGUGUUUCCCACUCGCCAUGUCCUGUGUGUCGGAUCACAGAGGAGAAUUUCAAGAAAGGGGUUGGCACCAGGAAAAGGGCCAAACAGAGAAAUGAAUGUAUCAUACAUCGUGAGAGACUUAUGGAACUUACUACCUGAAUGUUAGAGAGAGAACAUUUAUUAUCUUCUUAUUAAGUAAAAUUAUUUGAUUCUGCAUCUUUUUCCUUUUUUUUUUUUUUUUUACUUUUUGCAUUGUUGUUCCCUGACUCGUAGGAAAAAAAACGAUUUAAAAAAGGAUUUAUUUUGUAACGAGAUGUAUGAAGUGAUGGAUCCUUGUUGCUGUUGAAAUGAUUUCCUAAUCCGUGGCGGUAAUUGUUGAUGAGCACCACAAUAAAAAUCAAGAAGUCACAAACGAUUGAAACUGCGGAUAUGUGACGGAACAUUAUUUUUGGCUUUGUGCACACACUGAGAGAAGCUGCGGUAUACCCGACCAUCCAGCCAAUUUCAGUUACGACCCCCACCCCCCCCACCUUUUUUUUCUGGACCUUCAAAUUAAAAGUAUCAAGAAAUGCAAAGAUGAUGAUGUUAUCAAGCUCCAUCUCCUGUAUCGUCCUCCAGAUAUAUAAGCUGGCUAUUUUUUUAAUAAAUACUUUUGGAUAUAGUUUAGUGGGACACGCACUUGUUCGCUUGCUUGCAGAGAGCUAGAUAAGAAGAUGAGUGUCACUCCAGUGUCGAAAUCAGAAAUCUGCUUAGGCUGAACAUAAAGACUGGAAACAAGGGGAAACAGCAGGGAAUGGUGUCGUUUGAGGCGCCGUCAGGUGGGGCUCAAGACCACAGUGUUUGAAAAUGAGCCACUGCUGGCAUAAUAGGAGAGGAGACAGACCUGGCACUCGCACAACGGCAAAGGUCACGGUAGAAGUAUCAUUUUUAGAGGUAAAACCUUUUUAAAAUGUUAUUUUGGGGCAGAUUCUGCAAUUCGUUUUAAACACUUACGGAGGUUUAAUGUCCCAGUGAGCAUUCAAAUUCAAAAUAACUGCCCGGAUCAACGUGUGGAGGCAUUUGUUGAAGGGCUUUGGGACCAUCAGUGGUGGAGUUGCAUUGUGGCUGAUGUGAGAGUGUCUACGGUCAGUCUGGUAAAUUUUGGGGAAAUUGAAUUCUAAAUGAGCCGACUGAGAGCGGUAUCAAAACAUCUCAUCUCCUAACUCUCCGCUAAAAGGGACUGUAAGUGUGUUUCCCCCAAGUGUCGAGGCAAUGCUUCGGAGGAGCGAGAUUAAUGUAUUGUUUACUUAAUGGUCAUCAAUCACCGCCCACUGCAAACAAUAAGAUCAACCCUUACCCCGUACUUGGGGGAGCGGCUCUAUCUUCAAAGCUGUCGGCUCCUAAAUGAACUCCCUCCCUGUCGGCUCGGGAUAACUCGGGAUUUUUGUCUUUUUUUUUCUCACUGCUGUGUCACAGUACACUUUGGUGGAGUCACUGUACGUGGAGUCCCAUCAUCACCAUUCUCUGUUCACAAUAAUGAUUCGGGUGUAGAGAGACUAAGCCAUAUCUCCACAGCCAUGGCAGUGCAUUUUCCUAUAAAUAUAUACAACCUUUUUUUUUUCUUCUUUUUUUUUAGUUUCUUUCUUUUUCCAAUUUGAAAAUUGACUUUUUUACUCAGAUGCUUUGUAUAAUAAUUCUCAGCAAACAUACAGUAGACAACCCUCACUAUAAACCAAUAAAACAUCUUCGAAAGCAGUUACUACUGUAUAUCUUGAUGCAGAUAUUGCCAUACUUGUGUUUGCAAACUAUUGCAAGAUUCCAAUAAAAAACCAUUAAAUUGAA